AGGCGCGUGUCGCUGUGGUUCCCGCAUCCCACCGAACACCACCGGCAGCCGCCGCCUCCAUCGCUUUGGUCGCCGGACCGCCUCGUUGCACCGGCCCGUGCGUUUGCGGAACGGGUCCGCUCGAGGGUGUCCGAUCUCGGUCCCCGCGACGUUUUUCGGGGGUUGGUGAGAAUGGCCCGGGCCUGGGUCUUUUGGUACUUUUCCAAGGACUGCAUGGACAGCAUCUACGAGGACCGGUGGCACGCCGAGCGGGACUCCGAGGACUUUUUCGGGAGCGGGGGAAUGUGGAUCUCGAGGGGCGCCCACAAAAACGUCGUGAAGAGGCGCAUCCAGCGGUCCAAGCGGAACCGGCAAUGGGUCGGGCUCGGAUACACACCGCGGUGAGUUGGAUUCGUUCGGUGUGUAGCUAUUCGUUGCAGAAGUGUAUGCUGUAGCAACCUUUUUUUUCUCCAAGUAGGAGAAAAKAGCACGUUUCUGUUAUUCGUUGAAUACAACUAAUAAAGUUCGAUUCUAUUCGUAUUGUUCACCCUUGCUGUUUAUGAACCCUCCGUUGUUUCGUUCUCGUUGGUUCUGCAUAAAACGACGUUCCGAUCGACGAUCCAAAACCACGAUGCGCAACGCCCGACCCCAACGAACGCAAAUGCCCUGCCCACGCACAAUGCAAUGCAAUACAAUAUAAUACAACACAAUGCAACACAACACAACACGACACCACACACGCACCGGACGCUUGUCUUGGUCUCUCCAGCCUCGUGUGGCUCGUCGGUGUCCUCCUCCGCGGGACCUUCCAGUGCACGUCAAUCCCCAAGGUCUUCAACCCCAGGCUGACCGGAUGGGGGGCUGGGACGGUCCUUGGUGCCAAGUGCACCCACCAGGAAUGGAUCUCCGCCUUUAUGCUGGGCUGGUUCGGCACCGAACACUACUGGAAGUUCCUCUUUGGGUGCGACGGACCGCCACAUCCCGGGAGGGACGGCUUCGACGGGGUCCCCAUCACCAUCAACAAGGUGCGGCUCUUUUAGAGGGAACCGAACAAUUUUACACGUUU